CUCUAAUUUUUUUUUAAAACAAAUUAAAAAAAUCCAGUAAGGAUUCGAGGAUUUCACCCUAUAUAUCUCUCUCUCUCAAAUAAUAAGGUGAAAUUUAGGUUACCUCCCUUUUUCUUUCACCUUUCGAUUCUCCACGGUGCCGCCAGGCACUGUUUUCUCUUUUCUAGAUGACAACGCAAUCGGAUCCAUCGGCUUCCGAUCCACAAGGGAUUGGGAAUGCCUUUGUCAAACAGUACUACACUGUUCUUCACAAUGACCCUUCACAUGCUUAUAAAUUUUAUCUUGACUUGAGCGUGUUAAGCCGCCCCGGUACCGAUGGUGCGAUGAAGUCCGUGACUACCCUGAAAGAGAUAAAUGAGUUGAUUCUCUCAUUGGACUACCAGAGUUAUAAGGCCGAGAUUUCUUUUGCUGAUGCCCAGUUCUCAUUAGCAAACGGUGUGAUUGUUUUGGUUACUGGCUCUUUGAUCGGAAAACAUGAUGUGAGGAGGAAGUUUACGCAGUCAUUCUUUCUUGCUCCACAAGAGGGUGGAUAUUAUGUCUUGAAUGAUGUUUUUAGGUAUGUUGAUGACAAAGAGCCAGUGGACGUGGCAUAUAAUGAUAUCGAUGAGAGUAAUCAAGCUGAUUUGUCUCAAGAUACCGAGGUAACUCCUGUGCCGAAGAAUGCUGUGGCAAAUCACACUACUGUUCCUUCGGACAACGAUGAUAACAAUGUUAAAGAAGUCAGUCCUCCAUUGGACAAUGGAAAGCAUACUGUUCCGGAGAAUGGGGUUGUUUCCGAGCAGCUACCGCCUCCAACCAAGAAAAGUCAGAAAGAUUCUCAUCCUGUGAGCCAGACUUCGGCCCCUGUAAUUCAGGAUGAUGCUCCGAAGAAGUCAUAUCUAUCAGUUGUACAUGCAUUGACAAAGAAUUCUGCUCCAUUUAUUGUGAGAGCUCCGGCUCCGAAACCUAAACCUGUGCAGCAGUCUCGCAAAGCUGCAAUACCUGAAGAAUCUGCUCCUAAAAGCUACAAUACCUCAGAAAAGAGCAAUGAAUCUUCAGGUAAGAAUACUUCGAUAUUUGUUGCGAACUUGCCUAUGAGCGCAACUGAGGAAAUGCUGAAGGAGGUUUUCCAAAAAUUUGGACCAAUUAAACCCAAUGGCAUCCAAGUCAGAAGCUUUAAGGACAACAAAAACUGCUUUGGGUUUGUAGAGUUCGAGUCUGCUACUUCUGUGCAAAGUGCUGUUAUGGCUUCUCCUAUUACAAUCGGCAACAGGCAGGCCAAUAUCGAAGAAAAGCGAGGACCCAGCAGUGGUGGGAAACCAGGGUAUGGUGGUUAUAGAGACGAAAAUGGCUACCGAAAUGACAACUUCAGAGGCCGUGGGAACUUCAAUGGCAGCCGUAACUUUAGAAGAAACGAAAGGAACGAGUUCUCAGGUCAAGCUCGGGGCAAUGCAGGGCAAAAUGGAGAAGCUAACAGGAAAGUUUAUCAAAACGGGGGACAAAGAGUUGCUGCUGCUCGCUAUGAUGAAGGUGAAAGUUAAGGGUUUUGAAGAUUAGUUUCUUGGUUUUUAUCACCAAAAAAGUAGGGGGAAACAAGAGAGUAAAUUUUUUUUUUACUUUUUUCUUUUCAAAUUUCUACUUUUGAAGUCUAAAUUUUCGUCAUUUUCGGUUUUGAGUUUAUUAAAAAACUUAAAUUAGGUAGGCAGAUGGCUGGAAGGCUUUGGAAAAUAAUCUGUGGAAUUAUUAUUCUUUUUGCUUUAUAUUAUUUAAUCUUUGAUGA